UUUCGAGGAUGCCGGUGUUUUUAGGAUCAACAAUACUCCGUGGUCUACGGUGGGUGGCCCCGACUAAAACCGGGGAUGCAAUGAAAUCGGCUCAAUGCUUUAUUUUUUCAUUAAAACCGAAGAAGGGCAAUUUACUUCCAUGAGAUGAACUACUUAUUUGCUUUCCCUUCCUAACCCACGAAGACCGCUUCAUCGGUGGUCUUGGCGUCCAAGACAGACUUCCCUUGUCACGAAUAACUCCACACAUCGAGAGUGAUGGCAGUUUCACCUUUGGUUACUGGUUCUCCUUCAGUAACAUCUUCUACUGCUGCAGUUAAACUGAGGGGUGCUGCUAGUCAGAGUCCAAGAAACAGGCCGGAAAAUGUCUCUUCGCCUUUUGCCUCCCAGAAUACAGAUCGUGAGCUCACGGAACAAUUGAAUGACGAUGUGAGGCACAAGUAUAUCAAAGAUAAGAAGCUGGGUGAGGGUACAUAUGCUGUGGUUUUUCUCGGCCAUCUUCGAACUGAUACGUCGUCAUUCGUUGCUAUAAAGAAAAUCAAGGUCAACGCCGAAUACAAAGAUGGCCUAUCUAUGGACGCCAUUCGCGAAGUGAAGUAUCUGCAGGAAUUAUCUCACCCUAACGUCAUUGCUCUUCAUGAUGUUUUCUCUUCCAAAGAUCAGAACCUCAACUUGGUCCUGGAAUAUUUACCUCGUGGUGAUCUUGAAAUGCUUAUCAAAGACGGGGAUAUACAUUAUGGUGCUGCCGAUGUAAAGGCCUGGAUGGGGAUGCUUGUCAGAGGCGUUUGGUUCUGCCAUGAGAACUUUGUGUUACAUCGAGACAUCAAACCAAACAACCUUCUGAUCGCUGCUGAUGGAGAGGUUAAGCUGGCAGAUUUCGGUCUAGCUAGAUCAUUUGCUGAUCCUUAUUCAAAUAUGACCCAUCAAGUUAUUACACGUUGGUAUCGGCCUCCCGAGCUUCUUUAUGGCGCGCGGCAAUACUCCGGCGCCGUUGACGUCUGGUCUACGGGAAUGGUUUUCGCAGAACUGCUCCUGAGAGUGCCUUUUGUUGCGGGAAACACAGAUCUUGAUCAAGUUUCGAAGAUAUGUGAAGCCUUCGGCACACCGACUGAGGAGAACUGGCCAGGCGUCACUAAACUUCCUAACUAUAUUCCUCCAGACAAGAGCCAUACAGUACCACUUCAGGGUCGAGAUUUUUUUCUAAGACAAUUUCCAACUACCGGAGCAGUGGGUGCAGAUUUGCUCAUGUCAAUGUGUACGUUGGAUCCGAGGAAGCGAAGUACUGCAUGCCAAAUCCUCCAACACAAUUGGUGGUUCAUUGAGCCCAGACCGACAAGUAAAGAAGACCUUCCAAGAAAAUCAGGCGGUGCCAAGAAAAUGGGUGAUGACUUGACUAGACGAGGUGGUGAAAUUGACGAAAGUCAAUUCAAGAAUGCUGCCCGGCAAUUGGAUUUUUCUGCGAUGAAAAAAUGAGAUAACAAAGUCAAGGUCAAUCUGAACAUUGCAAGCACAGAGUCUCUACAUCUGGGCGCCAGGUAAACCUACACGCAAUUUCAUCAAUGUUUGGCAAAAAAAAA